AUGGCCGACUCUAGUAAUCCUCAGCGGCACGGCCGCGUCCCUCAGCAACUCCCGUCUCCACCCAACGCGAACAGCCCUCUCUCGCCAGCUAGCGGAGGCAACAAUCCCAUAUCUUUUCGGCCGAAUGUGAAUCGCGCGAAGACAAAGCGUUGGGUCGAAGCAAAGCAAUACUCGUACGAUGGUGGCGAUUGGGGUGACGAUGAUGAGGAGGAGGAGGAGGAGGAAGAGGAGCCCCCUGUCCCUCCUCAACGUCCGUAUGCAACCCACAGGACCGGCAGCUCGUCGGAGUUGAGCUCCAGGCGCUUGUCCGGGCUUGCAUUCGGGGCCGAUGAGUCGCGAGGAAGCCCCUCGGCCGAGGCCAAGGCGGACUCUUGUGGAGGCGACAGGGCUUUGCCGUUCAUCAGACCUGCCGAUCUUUACAAGCGCAUGCGCGAAGAGAGACCAUCGGCUGAACCUGGACGUCAGACCGAGGCUUCACAGAGUCCGACAGUGAGCCUUCCGACGCAGGCACCCGUGACUACCAGUGACCCUUCGAGGGCGUCUCAGGCUUCGCCUACUGUGGGUUUGCUGGAAUUGAAGCGAAUCUCUGUGUUUGGAUCCGAUUUUUUGGGUGGAAGCGACUCGAGCUCGCAACACACUAGCGCCGAUUCUCAGCAGGCCUCCUUGCAUCACAACCCCUCCCAGGCCUCUUCUCAAGGGUUCACGUCUGUGGUCCAUCAGGCUUUUGAUGUUCCAGAAACCCCCAAUUCCACCACUGCUGGCAGUGUGGGACGGUCUAACAGCGAUGGCACGUCUGUGAUCAGCCCCAUCAUGGGCAACCGGGGUUAUCCAGAUGACAAAACCCCUACGAUCCUUGAAGAGCCAACGGAGUCCAACACCCCCACCGGUCCGUCUACGGAGCCUUCGGGCGAUUACUUUAAGCCUGGCCACCGGCGGGACAUGAGCCUUCCCAGCCGGGACAAUAGCCCUUCUAAGCAACCUUUAGUCACUGACCAGGAAGCUCCUAAGUCGGGCCAUGCAGAAAUUGCCGCAGUCUCUCCGAGUCAAAGCUACGAUCAGUCUGAAUUUUCAACAUCCUCAAACAUCGUUCCGGCUUCAACGGCUGAGAAAGACUUCGUUGCACCUCUGAAAUUUGGCAGCAAUGCAACUUCUGGGUCCGAGGGGUAUCGUGGUGAAAUUCCCACAAUCGUAACAGGCAACUCACCAGAAGCUGCCGACAACGACCAACUGAGGGAAGAAAUUAUGCGUUCGUUGAGCCGAGAGAAUUCUCAAGAGCCGGAGGAAUCAACCCAGCAACCCCAAUCACAAGGUGCUCAGGAGUCAAUCCCUCACCAGUAUGAGAAGUUCUGGGGUGGUGACCCUCGAACCGAAUCUACUCUCGAUGCGGCCCCCAGGCCUCUAGUUUCCGAGUCGAAUCCUCUGGCUCCUCAGAACCCAUAUGCAACUUCUCAAACCCCCAGCACGGACGCUCUACCAAAGAAACCGAAAAUGGCAAGGCGCUUCUCAUGGGAAUCAUCCGACGAGGAUGAUACGCCUACGCCACAAAUUCCCGGUGGGUAUACUUCACCCCCGCCUCUGAACGCAGCGCUUGCCAUUCAGGAGCCUGAGCCUAUCUCUCAUGACUCCGAUCAGCUGGCUUCGGAGGGAUCGUCUAGGGAAGCGCCAAUGGCCGACGGCGAAGUUUCAGGUUCGGACAGUCAGCGCCUUGGAAAACCUAGGCUAUCAAUUGUACCUCCGGCGGCAGAAAAAAGCCCUCCACCGCAAGUAUUGGGUCCGGUGGAUGCCUCUCAACCCGAGAGUGAGGCACUUGUACCUACGAACAUCGGGACCUCGAAUAUCGGCGAGUCGAAACUUCAGGGUUUCCGUGAAAUCCUCAAUCUAACGACUCCGCAUGCACGUAUCCGGGCUUUCGACCAGACAAGAGAUCAAUUCGCUGCCCUUGACUCCGGUCUGAACCACUGGCUUGAGUUUACCGUCCACGACUACCCGGAGCAUGCCGAUCUGGUCCAGUCAAGCCAGAGCUUGUCCGCCGAUUUCCCGCGGACCUCGCCGUCUCGGAGCAGAUUCCCCAAACUGACAUCUCUGGGUAACCUCGCUACCCGCGAUGAGAACACCACGGCCAGCGCCGGCCACGCUCGGCGCCCCUCCGGUCAUAUUGGAACGAUUGUGAACAGGCAACAUGUCGCGCAGAGUGGAAAGGACCUUCUUCACACAGCGGGAUCAUUCGGUGGCAAGGCGGGCGAGGCCGCAAAGGGACUAUUUGCCAAGGGCAGGAGCAAGUUCCGACCCAGCGGAGACAAGGGUCAAUCGACAACUGAAGGUCGACGCAAGUCUGGCCAGUUCCAGUUCUCCUUCCAGUCUGAGCCCACGGGUGCACAGGGUAACUCUGGCUUGCGCAGGUCUCUCGAUUUCGGGAACCUGCCCAUUUUCAAGGGCCGGAAUGAGAGUUCCACUGUCGAUCGUUCGGAUGUGAAUGAUUCUUCUCAGGAGGGUGAUGGGGAGCGUGGGGGAAAGCGCUUCAAAAGACGCCGCUCUAUUGACCUUUUGCGAAAUACAUUUGGUGUUGGCUCUUCUACCGAGACUGCAAAGCCUAUGCUCUCGUCUUCCAAUGUGGAAAAGCGCAAGAGUGGUGGUUUUAUUGGAAAAUCCGACUUUGCGAAUGACUUUGAGCGGGAAAUGAUUGCUGCCCUUGGUCUUUCUCCGACUAAACCUGGUCCUGAAGAGUCCAGUUCUAAGCAUGUGGAGCAGUCGAAGGACCAGUCAAAAGGUGAUACCUUGGCCACUCAAGCUGUCACCGGUGCGGAAAGGGAGCUCUCAAGAGACAAGAGUCUGCCGGUUCUUCCUCCCCAGAGUUCCAAUGGCCCUGUCCCGGCUGAGGCGACGGGUCAAAAGAGCCAAAUCAGUAUGGACAUGCCCAGACCCAUGACUCCAUCAAUCCGACCGGUGUUCGAUGAGGAUGUCAAACCCGCUACUCCGCCGAAGUACAUUCCUCCAAAAGACCUGCCGCCUAAGUGCCUCCCACCGAAGGACACCUCAACCAAGGAGGCAUCGCUCAUCCCGCAGCCAAAUCAAGGUCGACGCCAGCCAUCAGUCUCGACACUAGGAGCAGAUGAGAAGGACGCUGGCGGUUCUGAAGAAGAGACAGAAACACCGCCCUCCCCUAUUCUGGAUACGACAACGACAAAGAAGACAGCAGACCCUGCAUAUGCUAAGCCUCUACCCCAGGCAAGACCAUCCAACACUCCUUUGCCCCAUGAAAACGAAGACAAUACAAGCUUCGCACCUAUCCUGAGACCCCCGAGUUCAGCAGAGAUCCUCGAGUCAAAGCGCAGGUCGAUCAGCGGGCUACCGCCUUCUGCUCCAGGCGUCCAAAGUCCCUUAAGGAACGAAGUUCGGUACUCUCCAGGGACCCGAAGCAGCAUGUUGAGCUUUGGUAGCUUCGGACGGCAGAGCCAGAGUCGUCCGGCUACUCCUGCCAAUGAGCUCUCUAGUCAUGCUGGUUCAGGUUCUCCUGUGCCAGACGGUGAAUCCAAAAUGGACAAGUUGAAGAUUUUCGGAAGACGGCGCCGCGCUUCAGUGGGUGAUCUGCUCACUGGUCUUCAAGACAAUAUCCAAGGUAGCAUCCAAGGUCUUCCUGAAGGGGGAAAGCGAAAGCGAACUUUUAACCGCAUCAGUGGCUUGUUCAAUCGUUCCCAGGAUUCCCAGCCUUCAGAUAUCAAAAAGGAUGACCGCGCCAGCACCGACACCAAAGAUCCAGGAUCCAAGGCUUUACCAACGCCACCCGCUAAUGGACAGAAUGGGCAUUUCCAUACGAAUGGCUCCGUUACAGAUAAAGAGCUCCCCGUAAUGCCAGAUCUUGAGUCCCAGUCGACCGGCGAAGCAGCGGCUAUGCCACACGAUCCUCGCCACUCUAGCAUGCCUCUUCCGCCCAUUGCUUCCCCUACAAUGCUUGCUAGCCGCUUCUAUUCCCAGGCGUCUACGGAUGCUCCAUCCUCUGCUCAACAUACUCGAGUGAAGAGCCAGCCUUUGAUGACGGCCCCACCUUUGUCCCCUGUUGCUCCGUCCAAUUCCAAUAGGAGUACCUCUCAGUCGUCUGAUUUGCGUACGUCAUACGGACGUGAUUCGCAGGAGCUUCCAACAGAUGCUGCUCGGCAUUCUUGGGAACCGGAGGGAUCUCCCGACGCAUUUGAAUCGCAAGAUAAGCACCAGGACAAGAACCAAGCCCAAUCCGCUCUCAGUCCCAGUCUCGGCGUGAAAUCCCGCAAACCAGUCGGAGGCCAAUCCGAGCCCGCCGACACAGCUGAGAUGAUCGUACCCAAAAACAUCGCUGUCUCAAGCGACUCUACUUUUACAAACCACCCUCACCGUGAUAACGAGGCCCGCACUCUCAACGAGACCACUGAUCCAGUCGAACUCGCCAUCACAAAGGAUGACUCCAGUGAGGAGAUCCUCAUGUCCCCCACCGCAUACCCAGGACAAGAAUGGAAGCCGAUGCAUUACUAG